GCCGCGCCGCCAGGGUCCCGACGCCCGUGUCCCGGCAGAGCCGCCGAGAUGGGUGAGUCAAAUGAAGACAUCGACCAAAUGUUCAGCAAUUUGUUGGGAGAGAUGGAUCUUCUCACCCAGAGUUUAGGAGUCGACACCCUUCCUCCUCCGGACCCUAAACCCCCCAGAGCCGAAUUCAGUUACAGUGUGGGUUUUAAGGACUUAAAUGAGUCCUUAAAUGCCUUGGAAGACCAAGAUUUAGAUGCUCUCAUGGCAGAGCUGGUUGCAGACAUAAGUGAAGCUGAGCAGAGGACAAUCCAGGCACAGAAAGAGUCCACGCAGAGUCAUUGUCAUUCAGCAUCUCUGGAGGUACCGAAUUGCAGCGUGCCAGAGUCACUUAAUUGUGAGGUGGAUGUUGCUGCAGUUAGCAUUAGCCAAUUCGAUGACCUGCCACCCCCACCAGCUGAUCCUAUAUUAGACCUUCCUCUGCCGCCACCACCUCCUCAACCUCUCUCUCGGGAAGAAGAGGAAGCCCAAGCAAAGGCCGAUAAAAUAAAGCUUGCAUUGGAAAAGCUGAAGGAAGCCAAAGUUAAGAAGCUCGUGGUCAAGGUGCACAUGAAUGACAGCAGCACAAAGUCCCUUAUGGUGGAUGAACGGCAGUUGGCCCGGGAUGUCCUAGACAACCUUUUUGAGAAAACGCAUUGUGACUGCAAUGUAGACUGGUGUCUUUAUGAAAUAUAUCCGGAACUGCAGAUUGAAAGGUUUUUUGAAGACCAUGAAAAUGUUGUUGAAGUCCUAUCAGACUGGACAAGAGACACAGAAAACAAAGUGUUGUUUUUGGAAAAAGAAGAAAAAUAUGCUGUAUUUAAAAACCCCCAGAAUUUUUACUUGAACAACAAAGGGAAAAAAGAAAACAAAGAAACAGUGGAGAAAAUGAAUGCCAAGUACAAAGAAUCCUUACUUGAGGAAAGUUUCUGCGGAACAUCGGUCAUUGUACCAGAACUUGAAGGAGCUCUUUAUUUGAAAGAAGAUGGAAAGAAAUCUUGGAAAAGGCGCUAUUUUCUUUUGCGGGCUUCUGGAAUUUAUUAUGUGCCCAAGGGAAAGACUAAGACAUCUCGAGAUCUGGCUUGUUUCAUACAAUUUGAAAAUGUCAAUAUUUACUAUGCGAUUCAGUGUAAAAUGAAGUAUAAGGCACCCACUGACCACUGCUUUGUUCUAAAGCAUCCUCAGAUUCAGAAGGAGUCCCAGUAUAUUAAAUAUCUCUGCUGUGAUGAUGCAAGAACACUAAGCCAAUGGGUUACAGGAAUCAGAAUUGCCAAGUAUGGAAAGACCCUCUAUGAAAACUACCAGCGGGCUGUGGCAAAGGCUGGGCUUGCCUCUCGGUGCACAAACCUGGGCGCUGUCAAUGGAGCCACACCAGCUCCUCCUCCUGCAGGACUUAAAGCAGGCCCCAGUCAAGCCAAUGGUCAGAUUCCCCAAGCAGCCCCUUCUCUGAGCGUGGGUCUGCAGGAAGCCCAGAGGCACAGUGAAACGACCAAGGACAAGCAGCCAGCCGCCAGCGGGAUGCACCAGCCUGGAGCGCACAGGGCCCAGCAGCCCCCCAAGGCCAGCCUGCCGCCGCCCCCUCCCGUGAGACGCUCCUCAGAGGCCUGCAGCAGCCCGGGCACAGCCCACAAAGCCCCGGGGAGCAGCCCGGUGAUCGCCCCCAAGACCAAGGGCCUAGGCUUCCCCGCCCCGCCCGAGGAGGACCUGCCGCCGCCCCCGCCCCCCCCGCCCGUGGGGGACGAAGACCCGCUGCCCCCACCGCCCCCUGAUUUCAUCGAUCCACCCCCGGACUUUGUGCCGCCCCCACCGCCCGCAUCGUCCGGGGGGGAUGCGGGUUCCUUGCCCCCGCCGCCCCCACCGCCGCCCUCUCUCUCCCCAACGCUGCCAAAGCCGGCCCCCGUGGCAGCCAAAAGGCCUCCCGUCCCCCCAAAAAGGCAGGAGAACCCAGGACUCCCCAGCGGCGGUGGCGGGAGUGGGGAACAAGAUUUCAUGUCAGAUCUCAUGAAGGCUUUGCAGAAGAAAAGAGGCGCCGUGCCCUAA